AUAAUUAUUAUUCCUUCCUUCCUUCUUUCCUUUCUCUGAUCCUUUCCUCGCUCGCCAGUCACCACCGCUUUCUCUCUCUCUUCUCAGUUCUCAGUCGCAACCAACAAAAACAAAAUGGUAGCCCGUUUCAAUCCCCCAUCCUUACUUUUAAUGCCAUUUAAUUAACUCCUAAUCCAUUUUUAUUCACUCUAAUCCCCUUCCUUCUUCGUUACUCUCCCACUACAUAAACACCCAUUGUCAAUAAACCGCAGCCGGUUAGUUUCUCUAAUAAUUGUUCACAUUUUUGCUGGACAAUUUUUACAAUGCCGGGGUUAGUAUCGGUAAAAACGCCACCGGAAGCUCCGCCUCUAAGAAUCAUGGUACCCCAGGAUAGCAACGGACAGACCCGACCCGUCCCAGAGAGAUCCGAACCAGGAAGUGUCAAGACCAACACUCCGGCCCAACGCAGACCUCCCUCCCCCUCCCCCUCUACUUCGCGAGCUAAGCCGUCUCCGGAUCGGAGCUCCGGAAAGAAGAAAUCGCCGCCGGAAAAGACUGUCAUAGACGAGACUUCACUUGAUAAUCCGGAUCUCGGUCCGUUUCUGUUGAAGCUCGCUCGCGACACGAUUGCUUCCGGUGAAGGUCCGACCAAGGCCUUGGACUACGCCUUGCGAGCUGCCAAGUCGUUCGAGAAGUGCGCGGUUGGCGGCGAGCCCAGUUUGGAUCUGGCCAUGAGCUUGCAUGUCGUGGCGGCGAUCUAUUGCAGCUUAGGGAAGUUUGAGGAGGCGAUUCCGGUUCUGGAGAGAGCUAUUAGAGUUCCGGAGGCCAGUAGAGGUGCAGAUCAUUCCCUGGCGGCGUUCUCUGGGUAUAUGCAGCUGGGAGACACGCAUUCGAUGCUCGGACAACUGGAUCGCUCGAUUGACUGUUAUAAGGAAGGCUUGAAAAUUCAAAUGGAAGCACUAGGAGAAACGGAUCCCAGAGUUGCUGAGACUUGCCGGUAUUUAGCUGAGGCCUAUGUUCAAGCAAUGCAAUUCGAUGAAGCCGAGAAUUUGUGCAAGAAAACCCUUGAAAUUCACCGGGUGCACAGUCCACCUGCUUCUCUAGAAGAGGCUGCUGAUCGUCGGUUGAUGGCUCUCAUAUGUGAGGCUAAAGGAGAUUAUGAAGCAGCUCUUGAACAUCUUGUACUUGCUAGCAUGGCAAUGAUUGCCAAUGGACAAGAAAAUGAGGUUGCAGCUAUUGAUGUUAGCAUUGGCAACAUCUACUUGUCCCUAUCUCGGUUUGAUGAGGCUGUCUUCUCCUACCAGAAGGCACUAACUGUCUUCAAGUCAUCCAAGGGUGACAACCACCCCUUAGUUGCCUCUGUUUUUGUGAGGCUAGCUGAUUUAUACUACAAGACUGGGAAAUUGCGGGAGUCCAGGUCCUAUUGUGAGAAUGCUCUUAGAAUAUAUGGAAAACCUGUUCCAGGUACCACUGCAGAAGAGAUUGCAAGUGGGAUGACAGAAGUUUCUGCCAUUUACGAAUUAUUCAAUGAACCUGAGGAAGCACUAAAAUUAUUGCAGAAGGCAAUGAAAUUACUGGAGGACAAACCGGGGCAGCAAAGUACAAUUGCUGGAAUAGAAGCACGGAUGGGUGUAAUGUUAUACAUGAUUGGACGAUAUGAAGAAGCUCGGAGCUCUUUUGAGAGUGCUGUAGUAAAACUAAGAGGCAGUGGUGAGAGGAAAUCGGCCUUCUUUGGUGUGGUCUUAAACCAAAUGGGUUUGGCUUGUGUACAGUUGUUUAGAAUUGAUGAGGCUGCUGAGUUGUUUGAAGAAGCAAGGGAGAUACUUGAACAGGAGGUCGGCCCCUGUCAUCAAGAUACGCUUGGUGUCUAUAGCAAUCUUGCAGCAACUUAUGAUGCUAUGGGAAGAGUUGAAGAUGCAAUUGAGAUCCUUGAGUAUGUUCUGAAAUUGAGAGAAGAGAAACUUGGCACAGCAAAUCCUGAUUUUGAUGAUGAAAAGAAGCGGCUAGCUGAGCUUUUGAAAGAAGCAGGCAGGUCCCGAAACAAAAAGGCCAAAUCGCUUGAAAAUCUGAUUGACCCCAACGCUAAAAGGACGAGGAAAGAGACAUCGAAGAAAUGGUCCCCCUUUGGGUUUAGAAGUUGAUAAUGCAUUUUUUUGCCUCUUCUAUUCCGUCUGAUAUCUCACACAUGCCUAUCUUGUAACAUAGGAAUCGUGUAUAGAGUUCUUUUAUGAUUUGGUGAGGCUUCCCUUUUUCUUUUUUUUUAUUAACUCCCACCCCCUUGCCCCCCGGCCUCUGAAUUGCCACUGGUUUUAAUUCUGUUCAGUUUCUUAUCUCUUUGGUAUGCUGAGCGUGGAUGGAAAUUUAUUUUUAGUUUGGUCUUUUCCAUUC